AUGAACAUGAUUCAAGUCUUGCAGGGUGUUGUGUGGACAGUGCUACUCUGGCCCUGUCUGCUCUCCUUGGGUGUCCCUCUGGAGUGUAAGGAUGAGCAGGGCAGCAUCACACGCUGUGCCUCCAUCUCCAAGGAGAAACUACUGGACCGGGUCAUCCAACACGCCGAGCUCAUCUACCGUGUCUCUGAGGAGUCCUGCACUCUGUUUGAGGAGAUGUUUGUCCCUUUCCCCAUGCGCUCCCAGAGGAACCAGGCAGGAUACACGUGUGCCACCAAAGCCUUCGCCAUCCCAGGCUCCAAGAGCGAAAUCCAGCAGAUCUCGGACAAGUGGCUCCUCCACUCUGUCCUAAUGCUGGUCAAGUCCUGGAUUGAGCCAUUGGUGUACCUGCAAACCACCUUAGAUCGCUAUGACGACGCCCCCGACACUCUACUCAACAAGACCAAAUGGGUGUCAGAAAAACUCCUUAGUUUGGAGCAAGGAGUGGUGGUCCUCAUCAGGAAGAUGCUGGAUGACGAUAUGCUGACCACCUCCUACUACGAGCAGGUUGUGGCUCCGUAUGACCUGCAGCCUGAGGUGCUGGAGUCAGUUCUGAGGGACUACACUCUCCUCAGCUGCUUCAAGAAGGACGCCCACAAGAUGGAGACCUUCCUCAAGCUCCUCAAGUGUCGCCAGACUGACAAAUACAGCUGUUUCCAUUACUAG